GCCAGCGUCAUGCAUCGCCCAAGGUGCGAACGUUCCAAUUGCGGUCGCACUCGAUCGUCGACGACCCGUUUGCGACCGUGCAGCUCGAAGACCUCCAGAGCUUCUUACUUGACGCCGUGCACUUCGACCAGUUUCUCGCCCACGCAGUGGAGAUGCAGCGGGUGACCGAGCUCCUCACGUGGCAGCUCGUACAGCACUACAAGGCCAAGCGCGUCUCGAUCAAGGUCGUCUACAACCUCUGCUUGGCACCACGCGCAGUCCUUGGGUCGAACGCGGCGUCUGCGCUCGGUCCCCGCAUCGCCGCUUUUGUCAACAAGCCAC